AUGGACAAGAACUUGAAUUCAUUCGUUUCGGAUUAUUACGUGCGUACCACUUGGAUUGCCUUUUUCACACAAUGGGUCCUUUGGGGCCUUGUUUAUGUUGUACGCCAUGCCUUUGUGGCGGAUGAGGCGGCGGGUGCUGUUGCUGCUACGGCUGCAGCGCAAGAUCCUGAAACUGCAGCAACCAAGCAUGAAAGCAAGUUUUGGAACCCAUCGGCUUCUCCUAUUGCCGCCCGCAUUGUUCAUCUUGAUCGCGUAUUGCACGAGAAUACCAUGUUGCUGCUCUCAGUCCUCGUCCUCAAUACUUUUGGCAAUGCAUCCACACGUGCUGUCAUGAUUCUUACCUGGAUCUAUUUUGCUUUCACGGUUGUCUUUGCAUUCAGUGAACUAAUCUAUGGCAACCGCUUUGUACGUGUUGGAUACAACACUCUCUUUUAUGCUCUUACCUUGGCCAUUGGAGGCCUCGCCUUUGCUCAAGGAUGGUAA